CAAUCAAGAGGAGAUGAGGUUCAAAUUCAAUCUGCAAAUAAUCCAACCCCAUUUUAGCUUUACAACCAUAAAUCCCACUAAAAUAUCUUUCCUUUCCUUCUUAAUUUCUUUGUAAAGAUUUCAAUCCUGCUUGCUAAUAAAGAACCCAAUAUCGAGCCUUCAAUUUCAAUGGCAUCUGCUCCUUUACUCCAAUCAACUCCAUUGAAAUGGAAGCAAACCUUCCCCUUUCUUGAUUUAUCCCCACCUCGCUCUCUGCCUUUUAACCCUCUCAAAUCUGGUCGCGGUUUUAAAUAUAACCAAACCUUGACAAUGAAAGGUCGAAACUUUACAAAAUUUAGCCUUAAGUGUUCUUUUACUGAUAAACAUUUAACGCACUUGAAAAACAACAGCAAUGUCCCAAUUUGUAAUUCAAAUUCUACCUCAGGAACAAACCCAUUUGACAUAAUUUACAACACAUUUAUAAGAACCCUGAACUUCCUUAAAAAACCUGCAAUUGCAGCGAUUUUAGUUGGGGCUUUAUUGAUGUAUGAUCCCAACUCUGCAUUUGCUGCUUCUGGUGGAAGAAUGGGUGGGAGGUCUUUUUCGCGUUCAUCUUCUUCAUCGUCUUCUAGAAGCUAUUCGGUGCCUAGAAGUUCGAGUCCCGGGUUUUCAUACUCUGUGCCGUACUAUGCUCCGUCGCCGUUUGGUGGUGGUGGGCUCUAUGUAGGUCCUGCAGUAGGAGUUGGUGUGGGUGCUGGGUCUAGCUUGUUUUUUAUUUUGGCAGGUUUUGCUGCUUUUAUGUUGGUUUCAGGGUUUCUUUCUGAUAGGAGUGAAGGUGGGGUACUUACUGCCACUGAUAAAACUUCUGUUCUUAAGCUUCAGGUUGGAUUGUUAGGCAUGGGGAGAGCUCUUCAAAGGGACCUUAAUCGAAUUGCAGAAGUUGCAGACACAUCCUCAUCGGAGGGUCUGACCUAUGUUCUGACAGAGACGUCGUUGGCUUUGCUCCGGCAUCCUGAUUAUUGCAUCUCUGGUUAUUCAUAUGUGGAUGUGAAGCGAAGCAUGGAUGAGGGCGAGAAACGUUUCAAUCAACUUUCUAUUGAAGAAAGGGGUAAAUUUGAUGAAGAGACACUUGUUAAUGUAAACAACAUAAAGAAGCAAAGCACAAGCAGCAAAAGCGCUAGUGGAUUCAGUAAUGAAUAUAUUGUGAUAACACUCUUAGUGGCUGCUGAGGGAGUACAUAAACUACCAACCAUCAACGGCAGUGGAGACCUAAAGGAAGCAUUGCAAAAACUCGGUUCUAUUCCUAGCAGCAAAGUACUUGCAGUUGAGGUAUUGUGGACCCCUCAAAAUGAAAAUGACACGCUAACAGAGCGUGAGCUACUUGAAGAUUAUCCACUUUUGAGGCCUCUAUAAAAGAUUUACAGAGUUAACUUGGAUCUCCCAAUUACAAAAGACAAUUAAUACAAAGCCAUGAUAUAGAAAGUAUAUACUUGUCUCUUAUUGAAAAGACGGCAUGAGAUUGUAUUGAAUUAUUGAAUGUAUAAAGAGAAAAGUUGUAUAUACGGCAAUGUACUAGCACUUCAGUAGCUACAAAAAGUACCAAAAAUUUUGAGAAUUGAAGUGUAUGAGUGAAGGUUUGAAAUGUAAGUGUGGAUAAAAAAGUAGUGUCUUUAGUUGUUCUA